AUGGAGAUUGUGUACUCUGAGAAGGGUAUAACUUUGCAUCAGCUGAAGUAUGAACUUGAGCUUCUGAAGAGAUUUGAGCUGAUGAAUUGCAAGUCUGUAAUUACAUCUGUUGAAAUAAAUCACAAGUUGGAUUUUGAUGUUGAGGGUGAUGAUGUAGAUGUUACAACUUUUAAACAAUUGGUAGGCUCAUUGAGGUAUCUCUGUAAUACUAUACUUGAUAUCUGUUAUGCAAUUGGAAUGGUGACUAGGUUUAUGAACAAACUAAAGUGGUCAUUUUACCAAGUUAUUAUCAGGAUACUGAUGUAUGUUAAGGGAACUGUGAAGUAUGGAGUUUUUUUUCCUUCUAAUGUUAAAUCUGAGUCAGAGUUGAUGUUCUAUUCAGACUCUAAUUGGUGUGGAGACAGGGUUAACAGAAGAAGUACUUCUGAGUAUUUCUUAAAGUUUCUGGGAGAUCAUAUUUCUUGGCGCUCCAAGAAGAAACCAGUGAUCGCAUUGUCAAUCUGUGAAGCUAAGUACAUUGCAUGUGUUUUGUCUCAUGUUAAGCUAUGUGGAUUCUGA